AUGAAAAGCGUAGCCAUCAUUGGCGCUGGGCCUUGUGGCCUAGUAGCUCUGAAAGAAAUGCUGCAAGCAGGGCUCGAUGCAACUAUCUAUGAACGUUCCGAUCAGUUGGGUGGCCUGUUCGCCACUGCAAUGGCUUAUCCAAACCUUCAUCUCACGAUCUCCAACUGGGCGAUGGCUUUCUCAGACUUCCCUGAUCCGUCUCGCAUGCGGUACUCCACGGCUGCAGACUAUUUGCUAUAUCUUCAGGACUAUGCUCACCAUUUCGGCCUUGAACGUCAUAUCAGUAUCGCUCGGAGACAGACGAAAGAGGAUGAGAAUGAUGGGUCCAUGCUCCACGUGCAGGCGGAUGCCCUUAUUGUUGCGACAGGGAAUAGCCAAGUUCCGAACGGUGUGCCUUCACAGCUGGCAGGAUUUAAGGACAGGAUCGUCCAUUCUAGCGCAUACGAUGAAUCCUUCAUGCAGGAAGUUGCGGACAAGAAGCUUAGGGGUCUGAUCGUGGGAGGCGGCGAGAGCGGUGCCGUUAUCUCGGCAGACCUAUGUGAACAGUCGCCUAAAUUGACGGUGUGGUUGCGACGUCCACCCUGCGUGGCCAUGCGUUACCUUAACAGGCUUGAUGAGACGCAACAAAUAAAAGCCAACCAAACCAUAGACUUCCCCGUCAGCAUCUUCCUCGAAUCCAUCACUACGAAUCGCUUGGGUUUCGCACAAAACGUCUAUCUUUAUACCGAGCUCGUACCGUCGUGCUGUUUUCUAUAA